AAGAAUAGAGGGGGGUCGGUUGACCACGCCUCCAGUGCUCUCAUUGGUCUCCAAAAUUCGCGGACUUUGACACGAGGAAAUCCACAAAUAUUGCGUUUAUACAACCAAGUUGGUCGGACUCCGGGCGGAUUGUUAAUCCCAUCUGUAAAGGAGUUUUCUCACAAAUGUAACUGAAACAACUGUUUCCCAUAGAGAUCAUCAGCUAUGGCUCAAAUCAAUGGCCAUGAUGAUGUAACAUGGAAAUCACACAACAACAUGAUGUUGGAACCUCUCGGCACAAAUGAUCCUGAGGUUUUUGACAUAAUAAAGAAAGAGAAAAGGAGGCAGACAUAUGGAUUAGAGCUCAUUGCUUCUGAGAACUUCGCCAGUCGAGCUGUUUUGGAAGCUCUGGGCUCCUGCAUGAACAACAAGUACUCUGAGGGUUAUCCUGGACAGAGAUAUUAUGGAGGAACGGAGCAUGUGGAUGAAUUGGAGCGUCUGUGUCAGGAGAGAGCGUUGAAGGUUUACGGCCUUGACCCAGAAAAAUGGGGAGUGAAUGUUCAACCUUACUCUGGGUCACCUGCAAACUUUGCUGUGUACACCGCUAUAGUGGAGCCUCAUGGGCGCAUAAUGGGCCUGGAUUUGCCUGACGGCGGCCAUCUCACCCAUGGAUUCAUGACUGACAAAAAGAAAAUCUCAGCCACCUCCAUUUUCUUUGAGUCUAUGCCUUAUAAGGUUAACCCAGAAACUGGAUAUAUUGAUUAUGACAGACUUGCAGAGAACGCUCGCCUCUUCCAUCCCAAACUUAUCAUUGCAGGCACAAGCUGCUAUUCCCGUAACCUGGACUACAGUCGCAUGAGAAAGAUAGCAGAUGAGAAUGGAGCCUAUCUUCUGGCCGACAUGGCCCACAUUAGUGGUUUGGUUGCAGCUGGAGUGAUUCCCUCUCCGUUUGAAUACAGUGAUGUUGUUACCACUACUACCCACAAGACCCUGAGGGGUUGCAGAUCAGGCGUCAUAUUCUUCAGAAAAGGAGUGCGCAGUGUUGAUGCGAAGACAGGAAAGGAGACCCUGUAUAAUCUGGAGAGUCUCAUUAACCAGGCGGUGUUUCCUGGACUGCAGGGUGGCCCUCACAAUCAUGCCAUUGCAGGAGUGGCUGUUGCUUUAAAGCAAGCUCUGACCCCAGAGUUCAAGACCUAUCAAUUGCAAGUUCUGGCUAAUUGCAAGGCUUUAGCAGCUAUGCUAAUGGAAAAGGGAUACAAAAUAGUUACAGGUGGCUCCGAUACUCAUCUCAUCUUGGUUGAUUUGCGUCCAAACGGAUCCGAUGGAGGAAGGGCAGAGAAAGUCCUGGAGGCGUGUGCGAUCGCCUGCAACAAAAACACCUGCCCAGGUGAUAAAAGUGCAUUGCGACCAAGCGGCCUUCGUUUAGGAUCUCCUGCUCUUACGUCCCGAGGGCUGCUGGAGGAUGAUUUCCGCAAAGUUGGCGAGUUCAUUCACCAAGGCAUCGAGUUGACAUUGGAGAUCCAAAGAAACAUGAAUCCUAAAGCAACUUUGAAGGAGUUUAAGGAUGAAUUGGCUAAAAAUGAGAAGCAUCAAGUAAAUAUCAGCAAACUUCGAAAGGCGGUGGAGGAUUUUGCUGGAAAGUUUCCAAUGCCUGGGUUGCCAGAAUUAUAAAUAAUACACAUCUCACCAUUGGUCUUUCAAAAAAAAUUCUCAUCCAUGUGCACAAAAUAAGCUUUUUGAAUACAGUUUAAUUGUCUGUAGCUACCACCAUGUACCAUCAUAUGACUUGACCCCAUAUAGUUGGUGUCUGUACCAUUGACCACAUCAUUGUGAUUAACAUGCUUGUUUGUAUUAAAAGUUGAAAAGACCAACAGAGAUGAAAUAUACAACUAGAUAUUUAAAAAAUAUCCACAGGAACAAUGCAUUUAGAUGAUGCAAAUAAAGUCUGAAAUACUGUGAAUGCGAA